GCAACACUGCCUAGCGACAGUUUCGUUGCUCUGUCAUCGGUAGAAAAAAUCCAGGCGUCGUGUGUAAAAAUUUUCUUUGUAUAAGAUAAUUCAAAUUGGAUAAAAACAACUAAAUUGGUGUUACACCAUAGUGAAAAAUUAUUCAAUAGGCAACAAAUUACACCUGUUGAAAAGUAUUGAGGGAUUAAACAUUUUCGUUACUACUCCAAUUAGUCAUUGGAUACACGAAAAAACUACCACACUGCAACAAAAUGGCCCAUUCGUUGCAUACAGAACGCAGCAUUCAUGAGAUGCUAAAAGACACACCGCCGAUGAACGAAAGUGGUAGUGCAAUACAUAGUGGAACUGAAGGACGGCCGUUUAUGCCCCCAAAUAGUCUACCACUGCAUAAUCAUUCAGCACCCGCUACACCGAUGACACAAACCAGCCCACAGAACGGCAUGGACGCCGGUCUUUUACGUACAGGGGCUUCAAAAAUCGACAGUAUAAAGAAUUGGAGCAUAUCAACUUACAAAUGUACUCGACAGAUUAUGUUAGAAAAAUUAGGUAAAUCGCAACGUACUGUUGACUCAGAGUUGGAAGCGCAGAUUGAACAAUUGCGAGAAACACAGCGGAAAUAUUUAUCUAUUUUACGUCUGACGCGAGCUUUCAGUUCACAUUUUCAUCAUGUAGUAGUAACUCAACAUGCAUUGGCCGAGGCAUUUGCUGAUCUAGCACAGAAAAGCCCAGAACUACAAGAGGAAUUUACAUGUAAUUCCGAAACGCAACGAAAUCUGACAAAGAACGGCGAGUUGCUGCUGAGUGCUCUGAAUUUUUUCAUUUCAUCAGUGAAUACAUUGUGCAAUAAAACUAUCGAUGAUACGUUACUCACAAUCAAGCAAUAUGAAAUAGCCAGAGUGGAGUUUGAUGCGUAUCGUAUGGAUUUAGAAAAUACAAAGCCUGAAUUGCCACAGAGUCCUGUUGCCGAAGAGGCGCAGAAAAACUUUUCUCAUCAUAAGGAACUUUAUGAAAAAUUACGUGCCGAUGUCGCCGUGAAAAUGCAAUUUCUAGACGAAAAUAGAAUUAAAGUGAUGCAUAAACAGCUAGUAUUACUUCAUAAUGCAAUAGCUGCUUAUUUUUCGGGAAAUGCUGUUGCUCUAGAGAAUACAAUGAAACAAUUUAACAUAAAAUUGAAGGCGCCUAAUGCCACGACUGGAUCCUGGUUAGAGCAGUAGUAUUGCUAAAUGCCCGUCCAUGUAAACAACCAACAGUUUUAAGCACCUUACAUUAGAAAAUGUCUCAUACAUAAAAAUCAAGAAUAAGUCUUUCUUCGAUGACCUAAAUAUUGGAAAAGAGCACAGAUUUUCGGAGAAGAUCAUAGUAAACUUUUUCGCUUAAAUGGAUGUUAAAGUAAAGUAUGUACAAGUUACAUAUAUGUACUGGUCUGGUAUUUACAACAUAUUUAUAGGAGUUUCAAUGUGUAUUCUUCAAUGCUUUUAGGUGUUUUUCAAUAAUUCGGAAGAAAAAAGUAAAACUAAGCUUUCAAUAGCGAAAAGAAAUGUAAGCGAAAAAGUUGCAUUACAUAUUAUACGUAGUAUUAUAAGAAAAUCCAAUACAAUAGUUCCUGGUUUUCCCCUGAACUAUUUGAAUAGAAAUGUUAGAUUCACACCAUAAAAUACUUGUUUUCAGAACAAUAUAAAAUUUUAAGAUGAUUUACAAUUUAAGAAAUACAACGUUUUCAUAAACUUGUACAAUCAGUUGGUUAGACAGCAUUUCUCCCACAAAGCCGUAAACUAUGAAUAUUAAUUUAAUAAAAUCUUUUAGCACUAUCAUUUAUUUUCUAUCAUAAUAAAUUAUUUCAUCUUUUGUUAUUAAAAUUAUUUAACUGUUGAUAUGUGUACAUUAUAUUAGAAAUUAUUUAUUUUGCUUGAAUCUUUUAAUGUAAAAUUAGGCAGAGAUGAGGGCCUAUAUUCCAUAUACAUACACAAAUGUAAGUGCAGUAUUGAUCGAAUAUUAAUAUUUUUUAACUCCAAUAAUGUUUAAAUUUUAGAAAUAAGCUGAAUAAAAAUUUACUACUGCGAACAAAUAUUGAAAAUAUGUAUGUGUAAGAUAAGCCAGAAGGCGUAAUUGUUUACUCUAGUCAACAUAUAUUUAAAAUAUAUAUAAAUAUAUUACAGAAA